CUCGCGGCUCUCUCCAAGGAGGACCCCCGCGAAGGAGCGUGCGCGCACGCUGGGCGAUCUCUCCAGGCAUUGCAGGGGUCCAUGGCGCUCCCGCAGUCAGGCAGGGGGUGGGCUUGCAUGAUCACCGCCGUUGGCUUUCGCGCUCCACAUCUUAGAGCUGCGCGGAGCGGAGGAGGAGGAGCGGAGGGAGUCCACUCCACACCGCUGGCUGAGUCGCCAGUCUUCGCCUCGGUCGUUUGGAAGGGAGCCGGCAGCUUCCUUCCCAGCUGGAAGAGAGCGGGGGUGACUCAGGCUGCCGCUGCUCCAUAGGAAGAGCUCCCAGCGAAGACUCCCUUCCCGUGCAUCUUCUCAGGCCGUUGGGGCAAAGCGCACGGUGCCGGGGGCGUGCUGCUGAGGAGCCCCAGCCGAACUGCAGAGUUUGCAGGUCAUUAGUGCUGCACCAAAGUCCCAGGGAGAAAAGAUGCCCUCCUCCGCCCCGCCCCCCACGCUCAGUGGGAUCAGCAGUACCAUGCUGCAUGCUCGCUUCUCCCUGACGGCCCGCGUACCGACACGGCGCGAUCCCGAGGCCGAAAAGGAUGAAAGUCUUUCCCCGAGCAGCAAGGGCUCCUUGCAAAGUUUGCGCCUCGGAUGGCGGUGUGGUUGCUGGCAGAGUGGCUGCCCGGAGGGUGGGAACCUUCUUCAGACGGUUGCCCUAUAAGAUCCAGGCCUCCAGCUUGCCUGUCCCGAGGACAUUUGCCGGCGGGGAACCGAGCCUAGGUGGGCUAUGGAGACGGGUGUUUAAGUUUAAGCGCAAAAGGAAAGCCGGAAUAAUCGCAGAGGAAAUGGGAUGGACCAAUAAGCUGAGGAUGCAAUGGAAAAGUGCGGUCUGGUGCUGAGCUCCUGAGCAGCAACCUGAGCGUGGGAGGGGAAGGCAUCAAAAGGGCAAAGCGAGCCGGGCUGCAAACAAGGCGACGAUAAUGAAAAGAAGGGCCGCCGUGCUCGGUCGUAGCUCCGCUCCUCUUCAUGAGAGGCUCUCCCGCUCCGGGCUCAUUAUGUACCACGCGGGAGUAUUUGAGCGAGCUGCGCUCUCCGAAGGCUGGACCAGCUCGUGACUGCUCGGUGCGGAACCAUGUAGCCAUCAUCCGGCUCCUUCGUUGCAAAAGCUUUCGGGGAAGUUUUGCCUUGGCUCUCUGGGACCGCCGUGGUGAAGCUUUCAAUACAAGGACUGGCCAUCACUCUAGCCCAGGAUAGCAGCCAUGGACAAUAACAUUGCUGAGCACCAACUCAGUGUCAUAAAGAGUCCACCUGGAUGGGAAAUAGGCAUCUAUAUUACUGGUGCCCUUGUGCUGCUGACAAUAGCUGGAAUAAAUCUGUGGAAGCUGUGGAAAUCUGGCAGUUACCCUGCACCAUCUCCAUUUCCAAAUUACGACUAUAGAUACCUGGAGCAAAAGUAUGGGACUACAUAUUCUCAGAUCAAGCAAAAGAGAGGUAUGAACAACUUCCGAAAGGCUGGAGAAAGGACAUCUCCUAUUCGCAAACCAAGUUUGAAAAUGGAUGAUACUUUUGAAAACAUUAAUGAGUUAGGCACUCUGGAGUUGAUGAACCGAGACCUGGAAUUAACACCUUAUGGGCCCUUGAAAAAAUCCAUCUCAACUGACUCUCUCAGUUCCAUCUCCUCCAUUGGAAAUAAUUUUGGCCAAGAGUUCACAGUUGGGCAAGUGGAAGUCAAUAUGGAAUAUAAUGUAAACUCCAACACCUUGCAUGUAACACUGCUGCAAGGGAAAGAUCUCAUGGAGAAAGAAGAUAUCAACUUUGAGUCCUGCUUUGUACGGAUCAGUUUGCUUCCAGAUGAACAAAUUGUUGGUAUUUCUAGGAUCCAAAGAAGCGCCUACUCAGUCUCCUUCGAUGAGAGGUUUUCAAUCCCUUUGGAUCCUGCAGCCCUGGAGGAAAACCGGUUGAGAUUUUCCGUCUUUGGCAUUGAUGAGGACGAGAGAAACAUCAGCACUGGCGUAGCUGAGCUAAAGUUGUCAGACUUGGAUCUCUCUAUCCGUCCUUUCAAUGCGUGGCUAUAUCUGCAAGAUUUGAACAAGGCAACUGAUUCAGUGGGUGAAAUCUUGCUUUCGCUCAGUUACCUACCAACAGCAGAGCGAUUAACAGUAGUUGUAGUUAAAGCCAAGAAUCUGGUGUGGACCAACGGCAAAAUGACUGCAGAUCCUUUUGUGAAAGUGUACUUGCUGCAAGAUGGGAGGAAGAUCAGCAAGAAGAAGACAGCAACAAAAAGAGAUGAUACAAACCCUGUGUUUAAUGAAGCCAUGAUUUUCUCAGUGCCAGCAAUCGUCCUGCAGGAGUUGUCUUUGCGGGUGACUGUGGCAGAAUGUUGUGAAGAUGGGAGAGCUGAAAAUAUUGGCCAUGUCGUCAUAGGUCCUGCAGCAGGUGGCAUGGGCAUCACACAUUGGAACCAGAUGUUGGCCACCUUGAGGAAGCCAGUGUCCAUGUGGCACCCACUUCGACGAAGCUAAAGACGCACUUGCACCUUGGUGUGAAUAAUCCUUCAUGCUGCCUAAACUCUUCCAGGAGGCUUCUGUGUUUCCAGAAACUGUUGGCAAACAGAGUUUACAACACUUAGGAGCAAAAACUAUUUUCCCAGUUGUUUAUGGAAAACAAGUAACAACAACAACAGAAGAAGAAGAAAAGAUUGAUUUCCGAAUAGAACCAGAGGAACCUUGAAAAGCUUUAGAGUAUUCAAGCAUAGAUGCGGAAGUUACCAGAAUACACAAUAGCUUGGGAUAACUUGUUGCUUCAACGGCUUGUCUACAAAUCAGAUGAACUAUAGCUCCAUCAUUCUAGAUGUCACCAGCUUGGGCAAACCCACUGAAGCUCCCAAACACAGAUUAAUUUUAUACUGAAUAUUGAUGCCCCGUGGCAGCCUUUUCAUCAACUGGGAUAUGGGUAUGGGGACAGGGUUUGUAGCAAGCUUGAUUUCACCCUUUGAGUUCAGCGAAUCUUGCUUCCAAACAGGUGUAUUUGGGAUCCUAGCUGUGUAACUCUGUCACUUUCAUGGGAAGGCUAGAUUGAUUCAAUGCAAAAAAACCCCUUGAUUUUAAUGGGAAAGACUUCUUCCAAGUAAACAUAUUUAGUUUUACAGCCUCAUCAUAUCAUAAUCAUUUGCAUCUUCAAGCUGGUGCAUAUUCCAGAAGAGUAUCGGUAUUAGUUCAUUGCAGCAAAGACCAAGAGGCUAGCAAAAGAACUCUGUUCUAGUGUGAGCUUUUGUGGGAAAGGACCUUCAGAUUCAUGAAAUGUACGUGUUUCAUGUGUAUGAGAAAGUAGACUUCCCCAGAAAGGCUCAUGGCUAUGAAAAAUCGAUCCUGAAGGUGCCCAUUGGCUUCUUUUUCCCCUCUUCUUUGCAACAGUUGCUUUUACUCACAAGGUGUUUUGCAUCACAAAGACCUCACAUGACCAUCCAAGAACUCUAGCUUAAAAUGCAAUCCUGUUUAAAUGUAGUAUCUUAGUGAUAGCAUUACUAUCACUUAGAGGGUUCCUUUCUGCCAUUAAUUUCUUACCACCAAAGGUGCUUGGUCACUAUUAUGGUAGGGUUACCAAUUCUGCAUUGGGAAAUGCCUGGAGAUUUGUGGAUAGAACAUGGGGAGCACAUUGUUGGGACCUCAGCAGAGUUUAAUGCCAUAGAGUCCACCCUCCAAUUUAGCCAUUUUCUCCAGGGGAUCUGUAGUCUGGAUACCAGUUGUAAUUCUGGGAGAUCUGCAGGUCCUACUUGGAGGUGGACCCUGAGUUGUGGUUACUUGGUAACUGUAGAUAGUGGGUGCUUUUCUUGGCUCAGUUUAUGCCUACUUUGAGAGCAAAAGCAUUCAGAGAAAUGCACACCAAAGGAGCUUGUAUGUGAUGUGGAUGUUGAUGCAUGUUUGCAGCAUUCCUCCUGACAGGGAUGCAUUAGGUGACUUCAGAUCCGCACCAGACACAGGAUUCUAAAAAUUUCCAUCCAGUAUCUAAAGGAGUGGCUUCCCAAAAGAGAAAAGAGAGGUUUCCCAGUUCAAACAAGCCCUUACGUGCAAUCACUUGCUUUGUUUCCUUUGGCUUACUGUCUGCACAGUGUUGAAAUACUCUGUCAUUGUCGCUUCUCGGCCUUUUGGCUAAGAUCAAGUGUGUAGUACUCUAUCAUUAGCAGAAUCAAUGAGAAAGCUGCACAUCACACAAACUCUGUACCUCAGAAUCUGUGAAUUUGGUACGUGGUGGAAAGGAUCACCAUUUUCAUACAUGGUAAAAAUGGAUUUUUAUUAAUAAGAAUUGUGAAAAUUAAAUUUAGCUAGUUACUGAACCUGUUAAAAUAAUGUGAAUAUGUGAUUUCAAUAGAAUUGCAAGAGAAGGACUGUCGAUACAAUGGAUACCCCAACGUGUUUUUCUCCCAACCAGUUCUGCCAGUCAUCUUGAGCAAUGUGAGCUUGGCUUUGAAAGGUCUUUUGGACUAGCAGGGUAUGUUACUUUUUCUGACUUGAACAGGAGUCAUGUGUGUGGACACUGCCAUACCUCUGUGAUCUGAAAAGCGCCAUUGGUGUAAAUAUCUUCCCCAAAUAAUUCUCUUAAUGUGUUGGUAUUGAUUGACAUCACCCAUGCAAGAGCAGAACCAUGACUACUAAAGUAUAUGUUGAAUAUC